GGUUAGUGACCAUAGUUGACAGGGUCUUACCCUGUGGUCCUUAGGAAGUCAGUCAAUAGGUUUGUGUCCGGAUAGGUCCAAGUGGUGAGGGGUGGGACCUUUGUCAUGCACCUGACACCACCAUGGUAGACACCCGACGCGGCACCUCCACUAUGUCGUACACAAAGGAGGAGGAGGCGAAGAUGGCCGCCAUCCUGCAGGAGAGAAAGGAGAAGAAGGAGGCCAAGAAGAAGGCCUUGAAGGAGGAGCAGGCGGCCAAAUUGAAGAAGAUGGAARAAGAGAUGGCCAGGGAGAAARAGASGUUAAAGAAGGAAGAAGAAGAGAAACUGAAGGCGGUGGAUGAAGAAGAGGACGGUCCGCCACUGCAAAGGAGUAGUGGGCAGCCCAGUAGUAGUACCRGUGGAGAMCUGGAGAAGAGGRUAUCUGAAUGGGUUGCYAACCUGACUGUGGGAGAAGAGGAAGAGGUUAGUAUGUAUAUCCCGCAGGAUCAGCAAGAAGCUGCCAUGAAGGUUUGGGAUGCAGAGAAAGACCCUCUUAAACGUCAAGCGWUKKAAGACGAGAAGAGGAUGGAAUGGAAAUUAGCGGUGAUGAGGGAGAAGAAGAGGAGAAUUGACAAGGCAGCGGAGGCGGCAGAGGCCUUAGAGGAAGUGAAGAAGAUAGAGGCGCAAUUAGCCGCCCAGCCCGAUCUCGCGAGUCAGAUGCGAGUCAUAGCUCGGAGCGUCGCAUGCCUGGCACGGGUUCAGGCAGACCAAUAUGACUUUAGCAGAAGUCAGGACAUAGCUGUGUGCUCGAUACGGUUGGGCUUUCGAGACUUUGCUCGUGAGCUGGUAGGCGUCGUUGGAGCCGAGGUGGGUCACCGCCUCGACAAGACUGAGCGGUUCUGCGCUGGCGCCAUUGAAGGCGUCAAGGCGGCAGCUCCCAAGGAGGAGGAAGCACGUCCUCCUCGCCGGGAGCCUGUCAAAGUCAWGUUCCCCGAUUCCUACAGUGGGAAGAGGGAGGAAAACUUUGACAAUUGGGAGGCCAACGUUAAGACCUAUGUGCACUUGCAACAGGUCUCCCCAGAUCAGCAAGUCCUAAUUGCUAUCCACGCGCUGAGAGAUGAGGCCGCCAGUUUUGCAAGGUCCCUAGACCCUCGAAGAGCAUCAGGACAUCUCAAGCAGGUCUUGAAGAAGUUGAGGGAAGCUAACUUCAAGAUCAAUGCAAAGAAGUGCGAUUGGGCAAAUACCCAAGUUCUGUACCUAGGCCACGUCUUAGACGGAGACGGCGUUAAGCCAAAAGAUAGCAAGAUCGCAGCGAUUAGAGAUUGGCCCACGCCACGUACGCUGACAGAGUUGCGCUCGUUCCUGGGCCUAGCUAACUACUAUAGGAAGUUCGUGAGGAACUUCUCCACCAUCGCUGCGCCCCUUCGCAGAUUGCUGAGAAAAGAGACAAUCUGGAAGUGGGACAAGGACUGCACGUCUGCCAUGAAGAAGCUAAAGCAGGCAUUGAUAGAGUAUCCGGUCCUUAAGGUCGUCGAUCCGUCCUUGCCUUUUGUCCUUACUACGGAUGCUAGCCAGUACGGCAUAGGCGCAGUGUUACAGCAAGACGAUGGCAAUGGCUAUAGACCCGUAGAGUUCAUGUCCGCCAGGAUGCCUUCAGAGAAGGUCGCGACAUCUACCUAUGAAAGGGAACUCUACGCUCUCAGGCAAGCCUUAGACCAUUGGAAGCACUACUUGCUUGGGAGGCACUUCAAAGUCUAUUCUGACCAUGAGACAUUACGGUGGUUAAAGACACAGGCCAAGAUGACACCUAAGCUUACUAGGUGGGCCGCAGAGAUAGAUCAGUAUGACUUUGAGCUCAAGCCUGUCAAAGGGAAGUACAAUGUAGUCACGGAUGCUCUGAGUAGGAGAGCGAAUUACUUUGGGGCAAUAGUACAUUACCUCGAUAUAGGGAAGGACCUGCAGCAGAGGGUUAGAGAAGCUUACGCGCAGGACCCUAUCUAUAGUGAGCUCCUUAAGAAAGUCAAGGAGGCCUCAGAGACUGAACCGAAUUACCGCACUACCGAAGGGUUGCUUUUUGAGAAGACUAAUGUGUCUGACCGCCUGUGCAUCCCCAAUAGCGAAGAGAUUCGUAGUCUGAUUCUGGGCGAAUGCCAUGACACAAAGGGUCACUUUGGUUGGCAAAAGACUUUAGCCAAUCUUAUGCGUGCGUAUACCUGGCCAGGGAUGAAGAAUGRCUGCGUAGAGUAUGUUCGCAGUUGCAAAGUCUGCCAGCGUAAUAAGAGUUCUACGCGCGCCCCGCUAGGUCUUCUCAGACCCUUGCCCAUUCCGGAUCAGCCGGGAGACUCAGUGUCAAUAGAUUUCAUGGACACUGAAGUCAAGAGCAGGCAUGGCAAGAGCCAAGUCAUGGUCAUAGGUGACCGCUUUAGCAAGUACGCAGUUUUUGUUCCUUUGCCUUCAGAGGCGCGUACUGAUUUAGUCAUACAGAGGUUCUUUGACUGUUGGGUUAGUGAGAACGGAAUCCCGCAGUCAAUAGUACCUGGUUUGAACUCACAGGACAACCAGGUUCUGUAUAUCUAUUCACAUGCUUUGCCCGAGCCCAUUCGCGGACAGCUCGUGGCAGAGGCAAAGUCUUGGAAGUACAACUAUCGACAAUUUCACGAUCUUGCUCUCCAACGAGAGCAGAUGACCGCUCAGGUAACGGGCACAUAUGCUUCAAUAGUAACGUCUGGAGGGGUUGGUGGGUACUGCAAGCGGGUCCAUUGGCGGCACAAGCGUCAGGACCACAUGCUCAUCGUCUUUGACGAUGAGACCGUUGAGAAGUUCCCCCUCGACGAGUCCGAAGGAGGAGGAGGUAAUAGCGGCAACAAGUCUGGGAAGGGUGACGUCGUUGUCGUAGUCGCCAACAAGGGAGGCCCAAGUCAAUGGAAGAAGAGAGGAGGCCACGCUCGUUUCACGAGCAUCCCAACAUCGCGUACGGGAAGCCCUGGGAAAAAAUGGGAAUAACACGUGAGAAGUGGCAGUCCAAGAUGGACAAUCGCCAAUGUCUCAAGUGCAGAACCGUGGGACACAUGAUAGCCUCGUGUCCCUUGAUCCGGAACCCAAAACUGAGCAGCCAGUAGGAAUAGCAUCUGGUCAUACUGAGUUAGGGGUUUAGACAAAGGUAAGGCACCGACAACCCCUUCUAACCCCACAACUCUUAAGGCAGAGGAUGGCUCUUCUUCAGCCCGUCGUCCAUAGCACCCUGACACUGUUCCUUGUUGUGUCUCACUGGACGAUUCCCUUGAUGAGAGCUCAGCAAUGAACUCACAACACUUCG